GGUGCUGAAUCCGCACAGACUUCUGCAGCGACCCUCUCCUGCUUCCCGGGACGCCCAGGACGUCUGCCCAACGGAUUGGUAAAGAAAAAUGGAAGGAGAUUGUGACCGACGGGAAGGGCGAACUUCGUGGCAUCACCAGCCCUGUUUGCACUGCGGGGAAAAAGAUUUCAAAUUUGUGGUUGCAGGAUUUGCUUUGCUUUCUGGUAUGUUUUUAGCACUGAGUGUGGAAUGUGCCCAAUUAAAUGAUCAAAUCUUCAGAGCAAACCUUAGCAGUUCCCUCUUAGAAAGGCACUUUGACAAACGGGCCACAGCCCAGCACAGGGUUAGAAGAUACACAAAAAUUGGCACAGAUUGGCCCUGGUCUCAAGCGCAUGUAAAAUACACAGGAAGCAUGGGGUUAAAUUCAAACAGAGGCCUAAACCUGUCGACAGUGGUUAUGCACGGGUCUGAGGUUUACCUGGCAAACGAAUGGAGCUGGGAUAGCACUAACAGACUUCCUCAGUUGCUUGGGAAGGUAGGCCAAGAAAUAAAAGUUGGAUGCCGGGUAAUUAACGGAUCCACUUAUGAGCGGGUAACGCAAAUCUCUGUAACUGAAGUAAAAACGAAGAAGACYCAGAAGAGAAACUGUGCCUUGGAAAAAUUGGAUUGUUGGUGCAAUUUCACGCUGGUGCAACCAGUUUUUGUGGUCUGCCUGUGGGCCCGUAACACCGUGGGGCUAUCGUUUAAAUUCAAGAUUAGCACCACAGUGCACUCGUUCGCUGCCAUUAAGAUCCCGAAGUGCCAUUUUUUGGCCUGGCAUGCGGUCCAAUACGCUGAAGUUGGAAACCAAGUAAAAUUAGAAAUUUGGUACUCUCAAGAAAGUGUAACAGAUCCGAUGCAAAUUAAUGGUGCCACUGUGACUAUCACUGCCCCUAAUGGCCACAAAUGGGUUGUGUCAGUAAAUUGCAUCCGCGAGAGCAAAACGCUGAAGAAAUCUCAAUUCAGUGCAGAGGGUUCAUGGUAUAAUCAGGAUUAUGGACACUGUCCACAYCCCAUCAUAAAUCUUCAGGUGUGGUGUCAAGGGAAUUUGAGCAUACAGAUGUCCUCAGAGCUUGGAGGAAAAUGGCUAAUAGCAGGCCCUGAAGGUUUUAAAAAAGAAUUUAGCAUACUUGCUGUCUUGCGCCCUUUUGUUUCAAAAAUAGGCCCUUAUGUAGUUAAGCAAAAUCAUAUCCAAGAGUUAUUAACUGGGCCCAUUCGGUCGCUGAAGAAGGUGGUGUUAUCCUUGUCCACCGUUAAUAUUUCAUCGGUCAGGCCACACUGUACCCCCUUCCUGUCUACCCUCUAUACCGGAUGGUUGGCUUGGCUUCACAGCCGGUCCAUCCAUGAAGCCCGGACUAAGCGCGACCUGCUGUCCACAGCCCUGGGAGGAGGAGGAACCGGCCUUGGAGUACUCAACAGCAUGAAUGCUGAAGUCCUUGCCAAUAAGAUAGAGGCUGUAACUUCUGGAAUGCAAGGCCUUAUAAAUCCCAUUAAUUCCUCCCUAGCCAACCUAGGAAUGGGGCAAUGGCUCGUGUCAGAUGUGUUACCUACCUGGGAACAAAUAAGUGAGAAAGAUCACCAGGUGUUGCUGCAAGCACUGGGAGUGGAACAAAAUAACGUAUCCCUCGCUCUUAGUUGCAUCCAGGCCCAGACGUGGGUGCAGAGUGUCGUUGCAGGCAUAUUGAGAGACGGAGACAACGGAGUCCUUCCCACCGAGAUCCGAAAGAUCGUGUGGGACGCGGCCACGGAAAAAGAGCGACAGCUCCAAGCGUGGUGGAGACUUGUGAACUUCACCCACGACCAGGUCCUCAACGCAGUCAUUGCCUACGUACUGACSGUGGCGGAUGCCACCAUUGAAAAGGUUUACCCCAUUGUAGCCCUAGGCAUUAACACUAACGAAUCUGUGGUCUAYCCCCUGGACCACCGAAUGUGGGCACGGGUGUCUGGUAAAAAAUGGCAAUCGGUAGAUUUAGAAGCCUGCAUUUUGGAACGGGGGCUGGGGUUCAUAUGCGAAGAUGAUGCCCUUAAGGCGAGCGAUGUUUGUUUUGAUACCAAGGAGGGCGUGUGCCAUUUUGAGAUCAAUCCGCAGAGCAACAAUAAAACCGCAUUAGCUUACGUAGGGAAAGGAUGUGUGUGUUUUAGAACAAUGUGUAAAUACGUGCUAAUUAAUGAAAUUUAUAACCAGACGGUGUUUAAUGACUCUAAUACGUGUGCUUGCAAUGUAGUUAUUAUUAGAGGCUGUGAUUUUGUGUAYAAGACGCCUGUGUUUACUAGUCAAUUGCUGAUUAGAAACUAUACYCUAUAUCAUAGCAUAAACCCGACCCCCAUCGGUAUGGAUUUGUCGCUUGUAAAAGAAAUGUUAGAGCAUGCAGAUUUACAACAGCUUUUAGAAAACGCUAAGGCAGAAGCUAAAAAGAUCCUAAUAACUGUGCACCAUGAUGGCAAUGUGAUAAAGCAGGUCAUGGAACGGAUUAAGCGGGUGGGAGACCACCACUGGUGGGAAAUCUUCUUUGGCUGGUCACCUACAGCGACCGGCAUCUUCAAUGCACUGCUGCAUCCUGUUGUGGUUAUACUGCURAUGCAGAUCUGUGUGUGUGUUGCCAUGAUAGCGACCUGCUACUGGAUGAGGCAGGUGAGACACUAUCUUGAUGACCAGCUGAAAAGCRUGGGUCUGGCUAAGCGCCUCCUACCAUAGUCAAGGGCAAGACUGGGUUGGCCUCUGUGUUUGCCACCAAGAAGAACCUUGAGCUCCGCUGUUGGCUGCAACCCAUUAGGCGUUGAGCGGUGGGGACACAUGCCAUGCCAGACCUUGAUGUGAGUGAUGGCCACCUCUGCUCUGAGGGCCAUCCAGGAGGCGAGUGCAGGCCAAGCAGCCUGCUGUUGGCAUGAGUGACAGUUAGCCUAAGUAACCUGUGAUUGAACUUCCCACCCCCAAAUCACCAUAAGAUGCUGCUCUUGUGUGAUUUAAGACUCCUUAAGCAGAGCAGAAGGGCAAAAGGAAAGCCAAGGACAGUGUCUUUGGAAGAAAACAGAAAGGAAUCUAACACCUGCGCUAGGAGAAGCAGCCACUGAAGAUGGCAGAGGUGUUACCAGCCUCAAAGUCUUCAAAAGACAAUAAAAGAACCAGAAAAGAAAACCCUGGACUUAAAGGAGCUGAAUCCACAUGGACUUUUGCAGCAACCAUCCCCAGGUUCCCAAGACUCCCAAGACGUCUGGCCAGCGGAUUGGUGAGAUCUUGUUUUUGGAGCUUGGACAUCACUGCUUAGCUUUGC